AUGCCUCCCAAGUCCAAGACCGUCCGUCCCGCCCAGGAGAACAUCUCCUUGGGUCCCCAGGUCCGCGAGGGCGAGCUCGUCUUCGGCGUUGCCCGUAUCUUCGCAUCCUUCAACGACACCUUCGUCCACGUCACCGAUCUUUCCGGCCGUGAGACCAUCUGCCGUGUCACUGGUGGUAUGAAGGUCAAGGCCGACCGUGACGAGUCCUCCCCCUACGCCGCCAUGUUGGCCGCCCAGGACGUCGCUACCCGCUGCAAGGAGCUCGGCAUCACUGCCCUCCACAUCAAGAUCCGUGCCACCGGUGGUAACGGCACCAAGACCCCCGGACCCGGUGCCCAGUCUGCCCUCCGUGCCCUGGCCCGUUCCGGCAUGAAGAUCGGCCGCAUUGAGGACGUCACCCCCACGCCCUCCGACUCUACCCGCAGAAAGGGUGGUCGCCGUGGUCGUCGUCUCUGA